AUGGCCACUCCCACACCAACCAUGCCUGCAACACUCACCACCCUCAAGAUUCGCACCGCCCGUCUCGCUCUGCCCACAGCUGCCCGUCAGUUCAGCACCAGCUCUCCACGCUUCUACCGCCGCCAGCCCGGUGACCCCACAGGGCCCAACGAACCCCCGACCCACAUCAGUGCUCCUAAGAGCAAGUCCCCCCUGAAAGUCUGGCCCAUUCUCGCCAUCUUUGCUCUCGGUGGUUUUCUCUUCAAGAAAAUCGUUGAUGAGCGCGAGGGCCAGUACAAGCCCGUUGGACCUAUUGCCGGCCACUCUCCCAGUUCCAAGCCAGCUACACCGCGAGCCAACAACCCCGUACCCCACUAA